AUGAUUUUACGAAGCAUCUACCUAUUCGCCACCGCCCUCUUCUCCUGUACCCUAGCCUCAGUCCAAGUCACUUCGCCUGCACCUGGCGAUAUCAUCACCGGUCUGAGUCUGGAGAUAGAGUGGAAGGAUGAUGGCAAAACCCCCAAGCUCGCAGACCUCGCAUCAUACCAAGUAUUUUUGUGCGCAGGAGGAAACACUGAUGCAAACUUUAUCCAACUAGCCACCUUGGUAACCACCGGCGAUUUUGCAGAUGGAGAUACAGUGACAGUUCCUCUGACUGCUGGCUGGGGAGGAACCACUGCCAAUGCCUACUUCUUAAAAUUCAUCUCCGCCGCCACAGGAGGCACCGUUAUAAACUACUCUGAUCGAUUUACCUUGUCCAGCAUGACCGGUACCUUUCCCGCCUCUGUGGUACAGGGCUUGAGAACAGUCACCGGUACUGCAGGUCCUGCAGAUGUCAAUAACAUCAAUGCUGGCCAGGUCGCUCCCGAUCCUGCUGCCUCUGUUCCUGCCGCCGGAGACCCCCUUUACGACGUUCCUUAUACUAUGCAAACUGGCACCAUUCGAUAUGCUCCCAUGCCACCCAUGGCUCAGACCAAGAUCACCGCAAAGAAUGCCGUACGACUCUACCCAACCAGUGCGUACACUGUCUACAAGAAGAUUGCUGGCACCCCAAAUGCCAUCACCACCAAUACUGCUGCCAUAACUUUUUCCACCGUAAGCGUGGAACCCACGGUGAGUACUCCAGCCUGA